AUGGCCGGAGACACCACCAUUCAAGCCGAUCUGGGCCCGCUACUAUCGCCGGAGGCGUCUAUCGUCCUCCCUUGCGAUGGUGAGUUCGCCAACCUUACGAGUCGAUGGAGGGAGUGGCACGCCCCGAAUAUCUCCGUUGUCGUGCAGGUUGCCACCGCAGAUGAUGUCCAGCAAGUGGUACGCUAUGCUAAGGAGAAUGACAUUCCAUUCGUUGCCCGGGCAGGGGGCCAUGGAGCCACAGAGUCCCUGGCGAACGCAAAGAAUGCCAUUCAGGUUGAUCUCCGAACGCUCAACCAGAUCAAGCUGUCCGAGGAUGGCACGACAGCCACUAUUGGCGGCGGCGCAACGGUGAAGCAGGUCAUCGACACCCUCGAGGGGUUGGGAAAACGAACAGUCACUGGUAUCUGCGAGUGCGUCGGCAUGUCAGCCCCGAUCAUGGGAGGAGGCCAUGGGUGGCUCCAAGGCCAGUAUGGCCUCAUGGCAGACCAGGUGGUCUCGGGCAGGCUCGUGCUUCCAAAUGGCGAAUUCGUCACCGUAUCAGCGGAAUCGAAUCCUGACCUGUUCUGGGCCGUCAGGGGCGCGGGGCACAACUUUGGCCUGGCAGUAGAGUGGGAGUACCGCGUGUACGACAUCACGAACCCGAAGUGGUCUUACGAGAUCUUCAUCUACACUGGAGAUAAGCUCGAGGCCCUGUAUGACCUGGCGAAUGAGAUGCUCAAGGAUCAACCACCGGAGCUCAUCCACUGGGGUUACAUCAUAAAGGUCGCAGAGAUUGAUCCUGAGCAUCCCAUUCUAUGGUACGGCAUCAUCUAUGACGCUCCUGCCGAGACGGCGCAUGAGUAUGCCAAGCCACUCUAUGAUCUCGGCCCCCUUCAGGUCCAGACUGGCGAUGCAACAAUGCACGAUCUAGCCGUCGCCACGUUCCAGGACCAAGACGGGCCCGGCUGUGCCAAGGGGUUGACCUCGCUCCGCUACCCGAUCGGGUUGAAGUCGUACGACACGGCCGCCGUCAGGAAGGUGUACGACGAGAUAGACGAGACAUUCCGCAACGUACCCGAAAUCGCCGGCUCGUUCUUCCUGCUCGAGGGCUACUCGACGCUGGCCGUGCAGGCCGUCGACCCGGCGAGCACGGCGUUCCCGCACCGCGAGGACAAGAUCCUGGUCACCUCGUAUGUGCAGUACCAGCCCAACUCGACCAUCGACCCGGUCGCGCAGGAGUUCGGAGAGAAGCUGCGCCAGUACCUGCUCGAGGCGAGUGACGAUCCGGCGCACCUCCGGGCCUAUGUCAACUACGCCAACGGCGAUGAGCCCUUGCAGGCGGUCUACGGCUGGGAGGACUGGAGGCUGGAGAGGUUGCGGGAUCUCAAAGCCCGGUAUGAUCCGAAGAACGAGAUGCGGUAUUACGUUCCAAUCGCGUAA